AUGCUGCGCUCUUCAUUUGCCCCGAGUCGGCAGUUGCUGUCGUCUCCUGUUCGCCAACGGAUCCCGUCGCAAUGGCUGUCUAAGGCUGGUGCUAGCAGCCGGCUUUCGGGUCAGCGAUUCUUUGCCGACUCCAAGCCACCCACAGCUAGCCCGACACCUGCUACCCCAUCCUCCGAAUCAACCGUCCCCCACGACAGCAUCCCCAAGCCUGCGGAGCAAGAAAACAAGGUUUCCGAGUCCUCGUCAACACUGGCUCCUCGUAAGACUGGUCGCUUCCGUCGCUUCCUCUUAUAUCUGAUCCUUACCUCCGGUAUCGCCUAUGGCGGCAGCAUCUUCCUCGCUCUGAAGUCCGACAACUUCCACGACUUUUUCACCGAGUAUAUCCCUUACGGCGAGGAAUGUGUUCUCUACUUCGAGGAGCGUGAUUUCUAUCGCCGUUUCCCCAAUGCCUCCAGACACUCGAACCGCAUUGUCGCUGCUCCCCGAGAGGAGGGCAAGCCCGUCACAAUCCCCAGCAAGAGCGGUUUGUCAUGGACGGUCACUAGUGAAGAGUCUGGAAGUGACGUCUCUAAGAGCGGUCCUCAUAUGAGUGCCAAGGCCGAGGCGACCAAGUCGGAGUCGCCUGUCGCCAAGGCCAAGGAGGAGAAGCCCGCCAAGGUCGAGGAGGCUAAGCCUGCCCCCAAGGAGGAAAAGAAGGAGGAGAAGAAGGCCGUCUCUCUUGAUGAGCCCAGACAGCCCGCUGUUUCCACGAUUAACACCAUUGAGUUCCUUAAGGCUCAGGAUGGUGACGAGAGCGUGGUCCAGGAGCUUGUCAAGACCUUCAACGACAUCGUUACUGUUAUUAGCGCUGAUGAGAAUGCCGGAAAGUUCUCUGCUCCUGUUUCUAAGGCCAAGGAAGAGCUGCAGAAGAUUGGUGAGAAGAUCAACUCUAUUCGCAGUGAAGCAGGAAAGGCCGCUCAGGAUGAGAUUAACAAGGCUCACGCCACUUUUGAUGAGUCCGCCAAGGAGCUGGUGCGUCAGUUCGAGGAGGUUCGCGCAUCCGACAUUGCUCUGUUCCGGGAAGAAUUCGAGUCCGAGCGCGAGAAGCUCGCUUUUGCCUACCAGGACAAGAUUAACGUUGAGCUUCAGCGUGCCCAGGAUCUUGCUGAGCAGCGCCUGAAGAAUGAGCUUGUUGAGCAGGCUAUUGAGCUGAACCGCAAAUACGUCCACGAUGUCAAGGACUUGGUUGAGCGUGAGCGUGAGGGCCGUCUCAGCAAGCUGAACGAGCUGACUGCCAACAUUGCUGAGCUCGAGGAGCUUACUACCGGCUGGAGCAACGUCAUUGACACUAACCUCAAGACCCAGCAGCUGCAGGUUGCUGUUGAUGCCGUUCGUUCCGUUGUCGAGCGCACUGAGACCCCCCGCCCCUUCGUUCGUGAACUGGUCGCCGUCAAGGAGCUGGCUGCUGACGACCCAGUUGUUGAAGCUGCCAUUGCUUCCAUCAACCCUACCGCCUACCAGCGUGGUAUCCCAUCAACUGCUAUGCUGGUUGAGCGAUUCCGCCGUGUUGCCAGCGAGGUCCGCAAGGCCAGCUUGCUACCCGAGGAUGCCGGUAUUGCUAGCCACGCCGCCAGCAUGGUUCUGAGCAAGGUCAUGUUCAAGAAGGAUGCCCUUGCGGAUGGCGAUGAUGUGGAGAGCAUUCUGGUUCGCACUGAGACUCUGCUCGAGGAGGGCCAAGUUGAUGCUGCGGCUCGUGAAAUGAACGCUCUUCAGGGUUGGGCCAAGAUCCUGAGCAAGGACUGGCUUGCUGAUGUUCGCCGCGUACUUGAAGUCAAGCAGGCUCUCGAGGUUAUUGAAACCGAGGCCCGUCUUCAGUGCUUGCGAGUUGAGUAA